AUGACCCAACCCAUGAGAAGCACAACAUGCGCUUCGUGGUCAAAGAUGCCUUUUCGGGUUGUCGAUGGUCCCGCCAUCCUCACCAAGACAGCGCAAGUCAGCAAAUACAACAUGAACGACAGUUUCACAAGCAGCAACGCAAGAUUGUCUCCAGCGUGCGAUACAAAAAAUGCGGGACCAAAUUCACGAAGCCUCACCCAAAUAUGUCAUAUGUCACCUGUGCUCCCAAUGUAUUACGUAUCUUUGGGCAGCCCUCCAUUAGGCGGUCGCUUUGUACCAGAACUGAUUUUUGGGUUCUUGGAAAAGAUCACGACAGCUUUUGAGAGCGCAAUUGGUGACAUUGUGUUCUGGAAAGAAAUCAACGAACUGUUACGAUCAAUCUCUCCCCAUAGUUCCGCGGUAUAUCAAGCUAAAAAAAUCACGGAUCACAUAGGUAGGGCCACACUGUGGAUGAAGCGUGAAGACCUGGAGCAUUUUGAUUCCCACAAAGCCCGGAAUAUUAUCGGGCAGCUCUCUCUCGCCACGAGAAUGGGCUGUAAGGAAGUCGUGACGGACUGUGCCUCGACUAAACAUAGGAAAUUCACCGCGGUGAUGUGCCCGCAUCUCAAUUUGUAG